CAGGGGCUCAGGACCAGGAUGGCAGGGUGCAAUUCCUGAGGUCUGAAAGACCCCCUCGCAGCACACUGGGCUUGCAAUGUACAAGUGCUCAGUUGCUUCUAUGGCCUGCCUGCAUAGCAAAGGAACGCUCCUUGACCUGAGGCAGAUCGUGAACCACCCCCAGAUGGCAGCCGUGAUCAGUGCCCAAGAUGAGGAUGUGCUUAGCUACAUGACCGACCUGCAGGUAGAGGAACUGGAAUAUUCCACGUAUGGCUGUCAAAUGGUAUUUUGCUUUCGAAAGAACCCAUACUUCCACAAUGCAGAGAUCAUUAAGGAGUAUCACCUGAGCCUCACUGCAGGAUACAGGGCAACAUUUUCCAGUAAAAUCCAGUGGUUCUGGGAUGAUGAAGUUGAAGGCCCUUGCCCCACGGAGGACACCGUCAGCCUGAGCUUCUUCAACUUGUUGUGUGAGCACAACUGCCCAGGGCCAGACAGGAUUGCUGAGAUUAUCAUCGAGGACCUGUGGCUUAAUCCACUGAAGUUCUACCCCAGGGAGGAAGACAACUUGAGAGGAAACGUAGAGGAGGCCAGGUCUUCAGAAGCAGAGCACUAAGGAGGAUCGUUUGGGAGCCGUGGACUUUUCUCAGCCCGCGAGAGGAGUUACGAAUGGCUUGCGAGAGAUACCGCACAUCGAGAAGACGGCGAUGGUCUGGAACGGCACCCAGGAACAAAUAAAUAUUAAAAGACUG